CUGAAAUACACAGCCUCAAGAGUAUCUUACAGCACUCUUUGUUUUAGACAACUCUCGCAUGUCUUCAUUUUCUGAAGGCUUUUUGAAAAAUCGUAAUUUUGUUUCUUUUCUUAAUUGCAUAUAAAGAGCCAUAUUUUGCAGGUGCUCAGAUCAGUGAGUGGAGUCAAAGUUUGCAAUGCUAGUAAAGCUCUUUUAUUUAUUUAUUUUCCGCAGCAAAAUGCGUUAAUUUAAUUUGGCAAAAAAUGAUGCUUUAGUGGUGGAAUCUUUAUUUCAUUAUUUUUUUUGUUUAUUUGAGAUUUUUUAUUCAAAUGCCUUCAUUUCAUUAUUUGGAGUUAACAAUUCUGAUAUAUACAUAUUACCUGCAUAUGGUUUAUUAAUUGGGAUGGAAUAUACAUCAAUUGAAGCUAAAUGCUGAGCUUUUCUGCUGGAGGAACUGGUCUGCCUGCAGUGUUCACUCAAGAGAGAUGACUACCAUAUCUAUGGAGCCCUUGCUGGUGGAGAGGAUCCCCAACGCCACCGAUGCACCGCUGGAUCCCUCAGCCGAGGACCCGACCGCCACCUUCACUAUUGGCGCCAUCCUGUCCGUCAUGUGCCUGGUGGGCGUGUCUGGCAACAUCUACACGCUGGUAGUCAUGUGCCACUCCAUGCGAUUGGCAGCCUCCAUGUACAUCUAUAUAAUCAACCUGGCCCUGGCAGACCUGCUGUACCUACUCACCAUUCCCUUUGUGGUCUGCACGCACUUCCUCAAGGCCUGGUACUUUGGCGAUGCUGGCUGCCACAUUCUGAUCAGCAUGGACUUCCUGACCAUGCACGCCAGCAUCUUCACCCUGACCAUCAUGAGCACAGAGCGCUACUUUGCUGUCCUCAAGCCCCUGGACACCGUCAAGCGCUCCAAGAGCUACCGUAAGGCCAUCGCGCUCCUGGUGUGGGUGGCCUCCCUGGUGCUCACCCUACCCAUGAUCAUCACCAUUCAGCUCAUGCCAUUGGGCAAAAAGUCCAUGUGCCAGCCUACCCUCAGCCCGCUGUCCUACAAGAUCUACAUUUCUGUUCUCUUUUGCACAAGUGUUGUGGCGCCCGGUGUGGUCAUCUGCUACCUUUACAUCCGCCUGGCCCGGACUUACUGGGUCUCCCAGACAGAGAGCUUCAAACUGACCAAAAAGUUACCCAACCAGAAGGUCCUGUACCUGAUCUUCACAAUCGUCCUGCUCUACUGGGCCUGUUUCCUGCCAUUCUGGAUCUGGCAGCUCCUGAACCAGUAUCACCCAUCCUUGCCCAUUGCUCCCAAGGCCGUGCGGAACAUCAACUACCUGACCACCUGCCUGACGUACAGCAACAGCUGCAUAAACCCCUUCCUCUAUACCCUACUCACCAAGAACUACAAGGAGUACCUGCGCAAGAGGCAAAGGUCCUGGACCGCAGGCAGCUAUUUCAACCGGAGGAAUCGGUUCCAGAGGUCCCCACGCCGCUCCCUGUCCUCCAGCAGCCAGCAGUGUACAGAGAGCUUUGUGCUCACUCACGCACCCCAAACCACCAUCCACAGCAGUCUAUAAGGCCUGGGUGAGUACGGGGUGGAGAGACAGUGAAGAGGACGGAGCCACGAGUCUCGUCUGGCAGCAAGGAGAGGAAGAAAGAGGCAGCCAUGGCAGGGGGAGGGUUUCCACAUCAAUACCAUUCAUAUCUCUGACCGAUGCAGGCAGUCAAGGACCUCAACGACUCCUCCUAAGGGAUCAGAUGCGGCUGAAAUCCAAGAGUCCGUCAAAAAAUCUGCCAAAGAGCCAAUGGAUGCACAGUUCUGUUUUCUAGGGGUUCUGUAGACCUCAUGGCCCUGUUUUCCAGCUCCGCCAUUUUAAUCUCAUCUUGGCUUCUUCUGGCAAUUAGUACAAGAAUGGUAAUGGAAAUGUCAGCCUUAAUCCACCCCCUACCUCCUUUGGUCACAUGAACAUUCCUUAUCAUUUAUAGAUGAUAUCUUCACUUUAAUAAUAGCACAUAACCUGAAUUUAUCCAGUGGUUUCUAUGGUAGCCCAGGUUUAUAGUCACAUUGGCAUAUAGUAAAUUUAAUCCAAAGAUGGGAAAUAGCCAUGUGACCAAUUGAAACUAAAUACAUUACACAAGUUCAGAUGGUUGGUCUAAUUUGUACAUGAAAAUUACAUGUAAUUUUCUUACAUGUAGUUUACUUUACAUUUAUGCUAAAUGAACAUUAAUAUUUGCAAUGCAUUAAUUAUGGCAAUGCAGUGUAAGCUCUGGACAAUCUCACACAAAGGACAUGUUUACUAUUACAGCACAAUCCCUUACGAGUCCUACCAUGUGCAAUACGUCACCACUUCACACAGGCAAGACAGUAAUCACAAAGAUGGCAAUGGUAUCCACAAAUCCCCUUCUAUUGAGUAUUAUGUUGACUAUUAAUCAUCAUUAAGACAGCCCAUGUCACCUUGUAGCAUUUCUGCGCAGCCAAAACCUGCAAACUGCCAGUAAUCCUACUAUGAUAAAUAAAGAGACAGAACAGAGGAAUAUUUUCCCAACAAAAAACCCAACAAAAAGGGAUUCACUUGGACUUUUAGUAAUGUUGUUUUAAUUAAGAAAUCCACAUUAGAAAUCCCUGUAGCAAAUCUGCACCUAAAAUACCAAUGGAGAAAACUGGCACAAAAUGUCACUUGUCCCUUGAGAUGCAAAUCAUUAGGAUGAAUGAAAGGCUGCUCUAGUAGUGUUUCAUAGUAAUGCUGUUCUCAUAGUAAAGUGCUCUGCUUCUUGUUCACAUAUUUUGCAUUCAACAUGUAAGUAAAACCACAGAGUUGCAUCGCCCGCAGUUUGAGUGUCUAGACGUAAGGGAAUUUAAAUUUAAAUACAUUUUUAAUGUCAUUGCUGUUGCUGUUGUUGUUGCUGCUGCUGCUACUGUUGCUGCUAUUCUUCUACACAAAUUUUGCUAUCACUUAGCAUGUCUGGCUUGAUUUAUAACGUCUCUUCUGAACACAAGUAGUUUCAGCCGAUGAGGACAGUGGUACACAGGAUCAUUCCGUAGUGGGGUAAUGGGGCCACUUUUACAGUACACUUGGUACAGACUGCUCCUCUCAGAGCUCUCCAUAUACUGACCCAGGAGCCACAGUGGAUGGAUGCUGCCUGUAAAUCACCCUGAAGGGCACACUUCAAAACCAAGGAUUCUUCACAUUCAGACUCCAAAUUUAUUUUCCACAGGGAGCUGUGUACUUGGACGCAAGCAGGGCCGACAUCUGCACUGCCGUCUGUUUUUACAGUCCUGGAUGAAUAAAACAGCCCUUUCUUCUCUGUAGUAUGACAUACUAAUUUAUAUUGCAUCUUUUUCAGAGGAAUAAUUCCUUCGGUUAGUGCAAGAACUGGGAGGAGAUGUGAAUCAGCAAACUCCCGCGGGAAAUACAUUUUCACUGCUUUCUUUGUGCUGUGGCCGCAACUAAAUCAUAUACAUUUUGUCAAUGUUGUUGGUUGUAUCUAUGCCUUGCUGUAAAUCCCAAAGGUGUUUAUUUCAUUUUGCAAAGUACUGAUGUAUAUACUCAGUUUUCAUUAUAUUAUUUAAGAACAACUUGAAGCCAAACUGUUCUUGCACUUGCAUUAAAUAUUCCUAUUGGCAAAACUGAGAGGAUCUCCUUGUGUAACUGGUAAUGAAAACUCUGCUGAACCUCCACUUCAAACCGAUGAAAACGGAAAAUUGCUGCCAUUUUAUAUCACACGCCGAUCAUAUUGCAUGUUAUCACACUGUUUACAUUUUCAUAGGAGACAGAGUCAAAAGCUAAUCUGUGAAGACAGAUAAUACCCUAUUUGGAUGGGAUGUAUCUGCAAAGUUAUGCCUUACCCUAAAAACAUUCUGUACCCUCUGACUUCAGACACAAUUCAGAAUUAUGGUAUGCGCAUGUGAAGAGUGUUUCUGGACAGUAUGUAUGAGUCGCAAGGUUUAUGUGGAAUUUGACAAUCUUCCCUAAACUAACAGGGUAAAUUGAGGAGUUAUGAGUAAAAUAAAAAGCCACGUAUUGCAACUGCCAUGGGAAUUUGGGAAAUGAGGGAAGUUUUUAAACAGGAUGUUACAAUGGAGUCACAAAUCAUUUUGGAAAUGCGCCAAACUGUACCACUGGCUACUGUACAUAGUUAUCAUUCUUUAAGCAUCCCCUUGUGAGUCAAUAGGUAUAAAGAGGUUGUCAUUGGUACAUAAAUACUCCAUGACACUGUAUUCUCCACUAUGGGCCCUAAUGUGAAUCAUGCCUGGGGUACAAGCCAUCUGUACAUACAUAUGUAAGUGUUAGCUGACAUGAAUGCAAAUGUACCCUGUAGACAAGAAAGAAAACACUUGUCUAUUCAAAACAAUUUGAUCACAAUUUUGACGGUGUCUUUAUUUGCAUUUUCCAGUAAAUGUAAAUCUCUUCAAAAGCUGAAGAGGUUUUAAGGUUGUUGAAAAUGGCAUGAAAUGAAAUAUGAAUCAAGAGCAUUUUGUGCUCCUUAGACAUCAUUGAAACACACUCUUAACCCAUAUGUUCAACCACACAUUGUUCAAGAGCAAUAGAUCCAUAUAGCCAGAUAUAUUCAUGAGUUAGGCAGUAUUAAAGUAAUUAAAUUAUGUCAGACCUUCAGUUACUGUGAUAACAGGGCAUGUUUCGAAUGGAUAUCCAUACCUCUUUAACACAAUCAUACAGUAUCACAAAAUCAGAGUGUCUCGAACACAGAUUUGGCACAAAAUAUAAUUUAAGUUCAAUUUAAAAUGAAACAGAUUUUGUUUGCAUAAAUGGUAUUCUCAUUGUCACCAUCAUGAUAUAUUUCCGAUUAUGAAGCUAGUA